GAGGGACUCUACCCAUCAAGCCCUGAACCUACCAGUUUUCCCUCACCCUCAACCACCGUCCACGCCGAAACUAUAAUUUUGACUUAUCGUGUCUGACAUGGUGCGCCGAGGCGUCUCACGAGCAGAGCUAUAUGGCACUUCGCGAGCUCGAAUCGGACUGGGAAGUACUGGGCGUGACCGGUACUACCUAUGACAGUGGUGCACUAUUAGGGCUUCCCAGACGCAAUGUUAACAACACCUGACACGUCCGGAGAGUUUGGGACGCUCCCGCAACGUUGGCUAUACGCCUCUUUGAUUUUCAGCAUACCCACCCGUAUAUAAAGGCGUCGGUGCAAGCCAGCGAUGUCUACGGUACUCCAGACGUGCCAACAUGGCGAACGUCGCAGUCGCCGUGGUCCUUGUCGCAGCCUUGCUAUGGUUCUUACGUCGCAGACUCACGAAGAUAUCCUUGAGUGAUGUCCCGGGUCCCAAACCCGAGUCAUUCUGGCUAGGCAACCUCAAGCAUUUGUACCUCCAACAGGUGGGAGAGGGAGACUUCGAACUCCAGGAGCAGUAUGGCGGAAUCGCCCGUGUACAUACCAGUCUCGGGGGCAAAUCGCUGUGGAUUUCCGACCCGAAGGCACUGCAGUACAUCUAUGUAACCUCUGGAUACAGGUUCACAAAACCUCCCGACCGUCGCGCUCUGUCCCGAUUGCACUCAGGCCACGGAUUGGCAUGGGCGGAGGGAGAGGUUCACCAACGUCAACGCAAAGUCAUGCUCCCUGCAUUCCAAGCGCCCGAGAUGAAGGCCCUGUUUCCCCACUUUACUCGUGCAGCCGAGGCCAUGUCAGUAAGAUGGAAGGACCUGCUGACCACGUCUACUGGCCAGUCUGCAGAGAUUGACAUCCCCGCCUGGCUGUCUCAGGCAACGCUAAGUGCUGUCGGGGAAGCGGCUUUCGACUAUCACUUCGGCAUAAUGGAGGAUCCAGAAAAUGAUCUCGUGCGCGCAUACCGUGAUCUCACACCUCUAGUGUUCAGCUUGCCGUCUGCCAAAGCUAUGAUCAUGGUCGACAUUCUGCGACUCUUCCCGGCUCGCGUCAUUGAGUGGAUCCAAGACCGCCAGAACAACCCAGCCAUGGAGAAAGCUAGGGAGUGCGAAAGGCUGACUCUGAAGGUUGCGAAGGAGCUGGUGGACACGAAGGCAGAGGCGUUGAAGCAAGGCAAGGGAAGUAAGGAUGUGUUCAGCCUGCUCGUCAAAGCUAACGUGGCCGAGGAUGCAAAGUCGCGCCUGAGCGACGAAGAGAUGUACGCUGAGAUGCGCACUAUCCUCUUCGCAGGGCACGAGACGACGUCCUCGACCAUCGGCUGGGCCCUCCUGGAGCUUGCGCGGCACCCCGAGGCGCAGACACGGCUCCGCCAGGAGAUCAUCGGCAAGCGGAGCACCCGCGGCGGCGCCGGGCUCACAGCCGCCGACGCGGAGAGCAUGCCAUACCUGCAGGCUGUCCUGCGCGAGGUGCUCCGCGUCCACCCGGUUAUCGGCCAUACCUUUCGUGUUGCUGAACGUGAUGACGUGCUGCCGCUUUCAAAGCCCCUCACGACCAAGUCGGGCAAGGUGCUCGAGAAGCUGCCCGUCCCGAAGGGGACGCGCGUGAUAGCGUCUGUUGCUGCGUACAAUCGCGAUCCGGACCUUUGGGGAAGCGACCCACACUCGUUCGAUCCUGAGCGUUGGCUGGAUGGCAGGGUCAAGAAGGGCCAGGCACUAGGCAUAUUUGGAAAUCUCUUUAAUUUUGCCGCAGGUAUACGAGCGUGCAUCGGCUGGAGAUUCGCCAUCUACAUGGUCCAGGCAUUCCUGAUCGAACUCAUACCGAACUUCGAGUUUGUGCCGACUGAAGAUAUAAAGAGGCUGCGCAGAGAGUUUCGCGGCCUCAUGGCCCCGACCCUGGAAGGUGACAGAGGCAACAUCCGCUUUCCGAUUCGUGUGAGCUCGAUUGACCACGAGGCCUAGUCUAGCGCGCAUGCUUCGGGGUGCAUGGGAUAGGUACCAAAUGAACUACUAUUCGUGCAUGCAAGCUGCGUUUUCAUAGCGGCCACUUAGCGAUGAAGGACCUCAAAAGAACGUACCCAUAAUGUUACUAGCUAGUAUGCAAAAUUUUCCUUACGUUGUUCAUACCAUGCUUGCUUUGCCGC